UAACUAUUUAGAUAUCGGCUUGUUUCCUAGAAGAUAAGUGUGAGAAAAGAAGUGUUUAAUGUUAAAUUAAAUCUAUAUAAUAAAAAGAAAAUUUUCGAAGGAACAAUAAAAAUUCAAUUGUGAUUGUUCACAAGGACGAAAAUAUUCGUACGUCGUAACGGCGUCGCGAGCUCAAAAUGUCCGCAGGUUUGUGAUAGGAAGUGUACCUUCGUCUGUCAACAUCUUCAUUUCGACGAAGUAUGGCAUUAGGAAAACUUACAAACUAUCGGCCAAUAUAUAACGUAUAUUAAUCAUAAACAAACGUGAUACGAUAUUAAACUGAUUGAAAGUUAUGAUUGUGUUAAUAGUGUUGUGUUGGUAUGAUUUGUGUUUGUAGCUCUUAUGCAAACUUAAGCGACGAUGAGGAAUUGAGAAGAAUUCAUAACUUUCAGUCAAUUAUAUAUGUGAUUGAUAAUCGAAUAAUUGUUUAGUCGGCAUUUCAAUAUUCUCAUACAAUAUAGAAUAGAUUUUCACGAAUAUCGAUGAAAAACAGCGUAUAUUUUAAUGUUUAAUAAAAGAGAUGCAGUGGGUAUAAAUUUAGUGUACUAUAAAAAUGUCAAGUGAUAGCGAUCAUAAAUAUCGAACGGUCAAGCGAAGAAGGCUUGUCAUUUCGGAUGAUGAGAGUAGUGAUGAAUCUGUUGUGCGUUCUCCUAGAAAAAAGCAAGUACAUAGAGUUGUCAGUGACGGAGAAAGUAGUGCAGAAGAAAGUGAUGUUCCAAAGCCAAUGUUUCGAAGAAGAAAUUAUAGAGUAAUUAGUGAGGAUGAUACAUCAAGUGAUGAAAGUAUUGCUUCAAAUAGAAAUAGAAGAUCAGCUCAUUAUGAAAGUAAUAGUUCUGAAUGGCAAUCCGAUUGGACAAGUAAUGAUGAAAUGGAAAAUAGUGCUGAAAAUUUUAAUACAACACAUAAAUCACGUAGUAAAUCGCAAACUACAAAUGAUACAAAACCUGGCACACCGACGCCAGUAUCUGAAAUUGAUUCAGAUAAUGAACAAGUAGAAAAAUGUCCUAUAUGUUUACUGCCAUUUAGAAAGCAAGAAUUAGCUACCCCAUCAUCUUGCGAACAUUGUUUCUGUCUUGAGUGUUUAAUAGAAUGGAGUAAAAAUAUUAAUACCUGUCCAGUGGAUCGCCAAACGUUUACAGUGAUUCAUGUGAGAAAAGAACUUGGAGGAAAGAUUUUGAGGCAUAUACCUGUUGAAAUAACACCUCGCACUGAUGAUCAUGUACAAGAAGAUCCAACUUUUUGUGAAGUAUGUCACCAAAGUGACAGAGAAGAUCGAAUGUUAUUGUGCGAUGCCUGUGAUUCUGGUUAUCAUUUGGAGUGUCUCACUCCUCCUAUGACUGAAGUUCCCAUGGAGGAAUGGUUUUGUCCAGAAUGUUCUCAAAAUAGUCAAAAUGAUGCUGAAGCAGUUGAAAUUGAUUUGGAUGAAAUCUCAGAUCUAAUGGAAGAAGCACGACGACUUGGUGUUUCAUAUGGUCGAACUCGUACGGGAGUUUCAAAUGAACAGACUCAUUCUGUACCUAGAAUAAUUCCUAGAACUCGUCAGACUGAACGUGUACGAGCUAAUAUUCGUAAUCGUGCACGCGAAUUGCAAAUAAAUAGAGUACAUAAUCGUGAACAAAUAUUUGAUCCAAAUCAACCAUCUACUUCAUCCGGUUUGGAAUCAGUGGGUGAUAAUAGCAUAAGUCAAUCUCCAAUAAUUUCAAAGUCUAAUUCUAAAUCUAAAUCGAAAACCAAGACAACUAAAAGAAAGUCUAAGAAACGGACGAGAUCAUCUAAUAAUAAUAGUACUCUUGUUCGAGAAGUACGUAUUACAGAAUAUAACGAUGACGGGGAAGAAGAGGAAUUUGUUACAUAUGUUCAAAUUGCACCAUCCUCAUCACGAAGGAAGUCUAAGAAAAGAACAAAGAGAACGCGCAAGAAGUGGAAACAAAAACAUGCACGUACUGUGUCUUCUACGUUAGCUUGUAAUAGUACAGUUAAAAGAAGAUUAUGUAAACAUUUAGGAAUUAUACCAAUCAGAAAUAGUCCACUUGGUAUUUUAAAGCCAAAACAGCCUAUUUCCAAUCAAUCAGUUAAUAAUAUCAGAUUUAAUGCUUUUGUUCCUCGAGUUAGUCUUUUCGGGGAGAAUCUUGGAUUAGAAUAUAGUCCUCCUGGAUCUGACGAUGAACAUCUUGGUUCAAUUGGCGAUGGCCCUGCAGUUAGCGUACAAAGACGCUCGAUAAUCGCAUCAACUAGAAGACACGUGGCUAUAAAAGGCAUAGCCAAUCCUCUUAACAAUUUGGAAGUACAAGAUACAGUAGAUAUUUUAGGCAGUAUUAUCAAUAGCCAAGAAUUAUGGCACUCACGAAAGAAUAGCAAUGUUAUCAUUAAGACAGAUGGGACUUUAUAUAUAAACGAUAGUAAAUCUAGAGAUAAGAAGAGCAUUAACAAUAAUGAAAGUCCCAAGAAAGAAAAUGAACAUCAUAAUAACGAUCAUGAUAAGCAAGUUAUUAAAAAUUCUGAUACACCUUUAGAUUUAUCUAACGUUAAUCCAAAUAACAUUAUGCAAGCACCCUUGUAUAAUAAUCCUUGUGGAGGAGGUAACAGAGGAAAUUUUCGUGGUGGGUAUCGUGACAACAACCGUCACGGUGGACAAAGUUACAGUGGUAGAGAAUCUCUUUCUGGUGGAGGUCGACAUGGUUAUGGUGGAUCGGAUGCGAGAGAUAAUUUCGGCCAUCGAGAUUUUCGAUCACCAGGAUACUAUAAUCAGAACUUCGAGCAUUGUGGAGGUCCACCUAUGUUUGGAAGUAAUCCACCAUUUAGAAAUCGUAAUCCUCAACAUUUCCGAAAUGACAGGUUUCGAUAUCCUACACCAGAAAGGCCACCAUUUACUUUCACAGAUAAUUUCACUUUUCCUCCUGAAAGAUUUCCAAGAUCAAGACCACCAUUACGCAUGCCUGGACCACCGGUAGGUCCUCCUCCUCCUCCUCCUCUUGGGCCAGUCGUACGGCCACAACAUACACAGAAUCUACCUCCAAAUCUCUCCGAGGAUAUGUCAAGAAAUUUUCAAGGAGAACGAGAUAAUUUUAACUCCCACGUUAUUGAAACUGCCUCUACAUCAUUAGUAAGACAAGAUAACGAUGACUGUGAUAUUUAUUGUGACAUUGAUACUACGAACAAAUCCGAAUACGACGUUCAAGAUCCUUGCCACAAUAAUAGUGGUAUGGUUUUGUUACCACCUCCUGAACCACCUUCCGAAUUACUAGAUUUUGAUGAAAAUUCUAAAAGUGAUAAAGACAAUGAUAGUGAUCAAGAAUUAGUUAUUGAUGACUCUCAUAAAGAUGAUACCAAUAAGGAAUUACAAAGUGGUGAUAAAUAUGAUCCAUUCACAGCUGAUAGUGAUAGUAACGAUAGUACUCGCAACAAAAGUAGUGAAAAAGAUCAAUCUAUAAUCAAUAGUUACGAUAUACCAAUUCCUCCUUCAGAUCCUCCGCAAGUAGCGUCAGCUUUUUCACAAUCAGUUCCUACUUGUCAAAAUAUACAGCAAGCAACACUUCCAAAUGUAAGAUCUGACAUUCGAUUGACGGCUUACGAUGACGACGACGACGAAGAUUCGCAAGUAGAUUGUCCUAAUUUAUCGAUUUAUUCGUCACAAACGAUGGAUGUUGCUAGACAUACGGAACAAGAAUUAUCACAGCAAAUUGGACCACUUGAACCGCCUCCCCUUCCACCUAAUAUACCGGACGAUGACGAUGUUAUAGUCGGAGAUGUUCAAGCUUGCGACUUAGCUGAAAUUCCAGAACCAUCGGAUUCUUAUGUUAAGUCAUUACAACGUGAAAGAAAACCAUUUACUAAAAUAAUACCUAAGAAAUUAUCCCACGAAUCUAGAAGUAAAAUAACAUUUAAGAUUGGUAGUAAAUUCAAGCUUAAUAAUAAAUUGAACAGUUUGUACGAUGAUCUUGAUGAUAUACCGGAUGAAGUGGAAGAAAAAAAAUUGCAUAAUGAAAAACAAUCACAAGACAAAUUAAAAACGAAAGCUGUUGAUCAAAAGAAAGACAGUGAAAAAGAAUCUAAAUCUGAUUUAGAUUCAAGUAAGGACAAAAAUGGAGUUCAAGAUUCAGCUAAAACUGAUAUAAUAAAAGACAGUGAGAAAUCGAAAUUGAAAGAUCAAGCGAAUGACGAAGAAUUACAAAAAUUAGCGCAAAUAAACAAUAAAGAAAAACUGUGUGUUUCCAAAAGUCAAUCACAGAGUGAUCAGGAUAACAUAGAAAAACGUAUCGAUCAAUUGGAAAAAGAAAAAUCUCCUGACGAAGAAAAUAAAGUUGCAGAGAAUGAUACCAAAAAAAGUGAUAAAAAAAGUGAUAUUGAUAAUGAACAAAACAGUAGUGUUACUUUGCAACCGAUUAUUGAUAUAACAGAGAAAAGUUCUGAUACAAUUAUUUCUAUCGCCGAUACAUUGGAAUCUUCGCCUAAAAAAGUAGACAGUAGCGAGUUGGCUGGAGAAUAUAUUGAAGAUAAACUUGAUGAUUUAGAUAUGGCGAAAAAUAGUCCAAAUGAAAAAGACGAUGACGACGACGACGAUGGAGUAACUGAAACAGAUUGUUUCAGAAAAAUUCAAUGGGAAUAUCAAAGCGACAAAUUAAAGGAUAGCUCGAAUAAAUUGAAAUCAAGUAAACUGGCAUUACUUACGGAAGAAAAUUUGAGAAGUACUACUGGAGAUAAUAGCGAAUGCGAUUUAGAAAGUGAAAAAGAAGAUAGAAGCAGAGAAUGCAGUGAUAACGAAGAUAUAAAUAGUUCGAAUAGACAAUGUAGAAAGAGUAGCCUUUCUUUUCGUACCGACGAUGACGAAGAACGGUUUCCUAUUGAAAAGGACAAUACUCAGGAGUUAUUAACAGAAAAUUUAGAUCAACAUACUUGGGAUUCCGAUGGUGCUUAUACACCAUGCAAAGAUGAAUUACCAGUAAACGAUCGAUGCAACGAACCUUUAGCACCAUUCGAAAGUGGUUUAGAACCAAUUACUCCGACCAAGGAUAAAACUAACGAUGACUUAGACGGGUGUAGAACUCCAGUAGAUUAUGCUGGUUUAGGAACUGAAGCAAUAUCAGAAACAGACGAGGCAAUGAACUUCGAAGAUGAACUGAGUGUUUCGAAUAUAAGAAAGGAGAAAGAUAUGGAGGAAGGAGAGAUAUUAGAUGAUAGUAAAUUAGCUAUGAAAGAGAAUGAAAAGCCGAAGGAUAAGGAUGAAGAAAGUAAGAAAAAGAAAAAGAAAGAGAAAAAGGAGAAAGGUAAAGAUGUAGAGAAGAAUAAAGAAAAUAUAUCAUCCGACAAUCAUGUGGCAUGGAAGAAGAUAUCGAAAAGUACAAAGGAGAGACAGUAUCGUGAUAAGGACAAGAGAUCAAAAUCAAAAGAAAAGGAAAAGGAAAAAGAAAAGGAUAAAGAUAAGGAUAAGGAUAAGGAUAAAGACAAAGAAAAGGAUAAGGAUAAAGAAAAAAGUAAAAAGAAGACUAAAGAAAUUACAAAGAAGAAAGAGAAAAGGAAAGAAAUGCCAAGAUACGAUGUUAGAAAAAUAGUAGCUGAUAAACCUGUCAGACCUAAAAAGGAUGAGUAUGGUAGAGAUAUAAGAGAAAAAUCACGAAGUAGAACGAGAAGUCGAAGUUUAUCGAGUAGAAUUUCACGUUCCAGGGAUCGUAGAAGUCGUUCUUAUUCGAGAUUAAGAUCAAGAAGUAGAUCUCGGCUUAGAUUACAUAGAUCAUGGUCAAGAGAACGAAGAUCUUAUUCUAAGACAGGUGGUGGUAAUGCUGGUGGUGGUAACGGUGGAGGUGGAGGUGGAGGUGGAGGUGGUGGUGGUGGUGGAGGUGGAGGUGGUGGUAGUGGCGGUGGUAGUGGUGGUAGAUCUGCGUCGAGAAGAUCGUUGUCUAGAUCUCGACGUAGAUCACCAAGAAGAAGAUCACUUUCUAGAAGACGAUCUUUGUCAAGAAAACGAUCAAUCUCAAGAAGAAGAUCAAGAUCGAGAUCUACUUCACGAAAACGCAGAUCUUUGUCGCCAAGACGAAGAUCACGAAGAAGAUCUCUCUCUAGAUCACGUGCGAGGAGGAAAACAAAGUUGAAGAAAUACAAGUCAAGGAGUAGAUCGAGGAAUCGUAAGAGAACGCGUUCUAGAUCACCUAAAGCAGCAUCGAAAUCACGAGAGAAGAGACACAACAAAAGAAAGCCUGCCAGUAGAUCUAGAUCUAAAGGUAGAUCGUGUUCGCGUGAACGAGAUCGUAGUAGGAAUUGGGAUCAGAUAAAUGAAAAACCGAUAGAACAUAAUCAACAUUUUUCAAGAGAACGUGAAGAAAGAGAAUCUUGGAGUGCCGAAUGGACACCAUCUUGGUCAAGGUCAAGAUCAAAGACACCAUCUCAUACUCAACCGGAACCUUUGCCAUCACGCGAAUGGUCACCACCUUCUGUUUUGGAUAACGUAUCGGUACCCCCGAAAAAUUUAACUGUUAUUCUAACUAAUAAGGAAGCUAUUAAGAAGAAGAAAAAGGAACGAAGGAAAGAGAGUAAAAAGUCGAAGGAACCUGAAAAACGAAGGAAAGCUAAGAGGAACAGAACACCGCCACCAUCUAAAGAAGUAUUUGCCAGCGGCGACAAUAUUUUAGUAAGCGUUUGCUUUAACAAGGAAAAUGAAGCCAAUCAGACGAGUGCUCCAGAAAUACCCGAAACUAUUCCGCUUAUACAACCUUUAAAACGUAGGCGUAGAGAACCGAUGCAACCUGAAGCAGCAACAGCACCCAAAAGAUCUAAGAAGGACAAGACGAAAGUCAAACGAUCGAAAUCACCGAAAGGUAAGAAAGAAAAGAAAAAAAAGUCUAAGGCAGCUGAAAUAGCAGCUACGAAAAAACCUGUAGCUGUAAUUGAUUUGGACCAAUCACCUUUUCGAGAACAAACUCCUUCUCCUCGCGACGUUAUAGUUUUAAGCGAUGACGAUGACAAACAGGCACAAGAAGUAGCUACUCCGGAACAAUGUCCACCACAGGCAUCUCCUCCUCGUGAACAAUUCGUUUCACAAGGUCCAAAGACACCACCGGAACCACAAAUUAAAUUUUCAAUAAAUAAACAAACGAGUAAUCUCAGACCUUCCAUGAUGAAUCCUUUGUUGGAAGAAGAGGAAGAAGAAAUGGACGAAAGAGCGGAUGAGGAACUUGAAAUGAGAGCUCAAGAGGAAUUAGAAUUGAGAUUGAAAAUUGGCCCUAAUACUCCACCAGAUCCACCUACCUCGCCGCCAACUUCUCCCGACGCGUAUGAUCCAUUCGAUCCCACGAAAUCUCGAUCACCGACACCCGAUGUAAGCCAAGAAGCUACGUCGAAUGACGAGAGAGACAAAAGUCAAAGAAAUUCACCGAGAAGUCACGAUGCUGCCGACAUCACUUUAAUGCCCGACGAACCUAUGCAGCAACAAGAUCAGCCAACACAAGAGAAACAACUUGAAAAGCCGAAAAUAAUAUCUAUGGUAACGAUUAAAAGAGCAUCGCCGAAAAGAGAUUCAUCACCUGUAGCAGAGAGUCAAACGGAUACGGUACAAUCUUGUAGUAGUCCACCUAAAAUACAACAGAAUCAACAAAAUCCACAAUCUACGAGUAAUCCGUUUACUACUAUUAAUCCUGUCUUGGCGACUGUUGCUGCUGCAGUACAGAGAAGCACUGGAUUUAGUACACCUAAUACGAGUCAACGUAAUUUAAUACAGUCAAAUCGCAUUUCACCAAGUAAUCAAAUGAAACAACAACGUACGAGUGAUAGACCGCAGCUUCCUAACAUCUUUACAAAUAGUACAAAAUCGACAUUAACGCGUGCUUCCAAAUCUAAUCAAAAUAAAAACAGUUCUACCAUGGGACAAAAUGGCAGCGAUGUAAUAAUGGAAGUGACCAAUGAUGCUGUUGAUAUGUCUUCACCUUAUUCACCAGGAUCGAGUUUAAGCGAUGGCAUGUUCGAUCCACCUAGUCCAGGAAAUUAUAAUAGUCCUUCUAUUCAACCAGUCAUCACUAAUAAUAAGAAUAAUGCAUCUAAGCCAAAUAAAAGUACUGAGAAGAAAGAUGCUUUUGAUGCGUUGUUCGCAGCAGGACCACCUCCAAAGGCAGUUAGUAAAAGCAGGAGUAAAAAACCUAAUGAAAAGAAAAAGAAAUCUACUAACCCAAAAGUUGGAGUACGCAUGGAUGAAAAUCAACUUCAAAUUUUGGACGACCUUCCUAGUUCAGCUGUGGAAAUGCAAGUGAAAGACAAGUUCUUGAAGAAAUUGAAUCGUCAAGAAAGAGUAGUAGAAGAAGUAAAGUUAGUGUUAAAGCCCCAUUAUACCAAAAAGCACGUAACAAAGGAAGAAUAUAAGGAUAUUAUGCGGAAAGCUGUACCGAAGAUAUGCCAUAACAAAACGGGAGAAAUAAAUCCUAAGAAGAUAGCACAUUUAAUAGAGGCAUAUGUAAAGAAACUUCGAAACAGUAAAAAACAAAAAGUAUCUUUGACUUCAACAUCAAAGGCCUCGAAACCGGCGAAAACGCUGUGGAGUUGAUCAUAUGUCGGAAAUGUUAGUGCAUAAACAAUUUCUUAAGUCGUAGGCCUCUCCGUAAAUCGCGAUUAAGCACAUUUUAUCGUCCGGGUUGUAAGUGAGUAAGUGUUUUUGGAUACCACUACACUCCGUCAACCACCGAAUAAUGUGUAUUAUGUGUAAAUACUUAAUUCACUAAUUUUAAGCGUAAUAUUUUUAUUUAUCUACGUAAUUCUUUACACGAAAAUACACGAAAACACACACGAACACAUAUACUAAUAAUAAUUAUAAUGAACGUCAGAGUUAAAUAUAAAAUAAAAUAUUAUGAAGUUUAAUGUGUAGACAUCAUGGUCUAUAUUCAAUCUGCACAUUUGAAAAAUCUAUGAUCGUUCUCUUAUAGUAUCUUCGUUUGUAUCGAAAUAGAUGAUACUAGCAUUUUUACACACAUAUGUGUUAUGAAUGCAGACCAUUAUUAUGAUCUACAUUUAAGACUUAGGGAGUGUAAAAUAAGGUCAUAUUUAAUAUACGUUCAUGCUCGUAACAAAUGAUGAGGAUACUAAAAUGCUCAAAAUAUUCAUGUCGCUAUUUAUAGGAGAGAAAGCAAUUUAAUUGGUCAGUCUUUUAUGUAUAGUCUGAUAUGUAAAAUUAUUAAAUUUC